AAAGUUGGAAGGUGAAGCCAUCUUCCACGUUCACCCGCCGCCUGUAACAAGAACAGCAAGAACAGGAGACAUAGAGAGAGAAAGAGAGAGGGAGAGAGAAGAGGGUACAUUUUGAUGCUUGUUAACCGUAGAGGCAACCCAAAAAGCAUCUUCUUCAUCUUGAUCAAAGUCCUAACCUUAUACCCUUUGUUUUUCCUCCCAUUUUGUGUCAUACACACAUAAUUAGACACAUAACUAUCCUAACUACACAACCCCUCCAACUAUUGUCCCAUUUGUGGGUUGAUUGAGCCGUUUUUAGAGGCAGCAAGAGGGUGUUUCCCUCUCUUUGUUGGGGGGCUAUAAAGAGAAAGGCUUUGGGGCCAAAAGGGGGUUGGUUCCCAGAAAAGCAGUGAAAGGAAGAACCUUGUAAACCCCGUCAUUGUGAACAAGGGGUUUGUUCUGGCUUUGUGCAUUGGACAAGCAGCAGAGUACUAGUUUCACUGACCAACUUAAAGGGUGGUAAAAAUGAAGUAUGUGUUGGUGACUGGUGGUGUUGUGAGUGGACUUGGGAAAGGAGUCACUGCCAGCAGUAUUGGCCUGAUCCUCAAGGCCUGUGGUCUUAGAGUUACCUCUAUCAAGAUUGACCCCUACUUGAACACUGAUGCGGGAACAAUGUCUCCUUUCGAGCAUGGGGAGGUUUUCGUCUUAGAUGAUGGUGGUGAGGUUGACCUUGAUCUUGGGAACUAUGAACGAUUUUUGGACAUUAAAUUAACUCGCGACAAUAACAUAACUACUGGAAAAAUUUAUCAGUCUGUUAUUGAGAAGGAGAGAAGAGGAGAUUAUCUUGGAAAGACCGUACAGGUAGUUCCACACAUAACAGAUGCUAUCCAAGAAUGGAUAGAACGUGUGGCAAAGAUACCAGUUGACGGGAAAGAAGGGCCAGCUGAUGUUUGUGUCAUUGAAUUGGGUGGAACUAUAGGGGAUAUUGAGUCAAUGCCUUUUAUUGAAGCACUUGGCCAGUUUUCAUACCGUGUAGGCCCUGGCAACUUCUGCUUGGUUCAUGUCAGCUUGGUUCCUAUCCUUCAUGUUGUUGGUGAACCGAAAACAAAGCCAACUCAGCACAGUGUUCGUCAACUUAGAGGAUUAGGUUUGACCCCUAAUCUUCUUGCGUGUCGCAGUUCGAAGGAACUUGAUGAUAAUGUCAAGGCAAAACUUGCUCAAUUUUGUCAUGUGCCGCUGUCAAACAUCCUUACUCUCCAUGAUGUUCCAAACAUUUGGCAUAUUCCUCUGCUAUUGAAAGACCAGAAGGCACAUGAGGCGAUCCUGAAAGCAUUAAACUUGCUAGGUGUUGCAGCAGAGCCUAAUUUGAAGGAGUGGACUGCAAGGACAAAAAUUUAUGACAGAUGUGAUGAAACUGUUAGAAUUGCAAUGGUGGGAAAAUACACUGGCCUUUCAGAUGCAUAUCUUUCUGUUCUGAAGGCACUUUUACAUGCUUCUGUUGCUCGCAACCGAAAACUCAACGUAGACUGGGUUCCGGCCGGGGAUCUUGAAGAAGCUACUUAUAAAGAGGAUCCUGAGGCAUAUAAAGCUGCAUGGAAUCUUUUGAAGGGCGCUGAUGGUGUUCUAGUUCCAGGAGGUUUCGGUGAUAGAGGAGUGCAAGGGAAAAUUCUUGCUGCUAAGUAUGCUCGAGAACAUAAUGUUCCAUUUCUGGGCAUUUGCUUGGGGAUGCAAAUUGCUGUCAUUGAGUAUGCACGAUCUGUUCUUGGUCUGCAUGAUGCCACUAGCACAGAAUUUAAUCCUGAAACCAAGACCCCUUGUGUCAUAUUUAUGCCAGAAGGCUCAAAGACUCAUAUGGGGGCAACUAUGCGGCUUGGUUCAAGAAGAACCUACUUUGAAGUUGCUGACAGCAAAUCUGCAAAAUUGUAUGGCAAUGUAAGCUUUAUUGAUGAGCGACACAGACAUAGAUAUGAGGUUAAUCCUGACAUGGUAUCACAGCUAGAGACUGCUGGUCUGUCUUUUGUAGGCAAAGAUGAAACUGGGAGGCGCAUGGAAAUAGUUGAAUUGCCUAGCCAUCCUUUUUAUAUUGGCGUUCAGUUUCACCCUGAGUUCAAUUCUAGACCUGGAAAACCUUCUCCACUCUUCUCAGGACUAAUUGCAGCAGCAAGUGAGCCAAGGAAGAAGGUGCCAAAUGGUUACUCCAAGUUAGCUACGUAUAAUAGACACUCACCAAAACUGAAAGCACACCAAAGUGUAAAGGGCUUCAAAGCACCAAAUGGUUCAUUGAAUGGUGUAUAUACCAAUGGCAAUAGUGUGUAUGUGGAUGGUAGUUGUUAGUCCUGAAGUCAGUGUUUGGUGCAUGCUAAUAAUCAUGGUAUAACUAAAAUAUCCAAGGGCGUUCUUUCUUGUCCUCGGUGGCUUGUACAGUUAGUGAGUGGAUAGGUCUUUUAGUUAGGGACUUGUCUUAAGCAUGAAGCAAUUUUUGAGUCUAACAGCUUUUGUAUUUCCUAGUGCGGUUGUGCUAUGGUGUGGCAGUUGCAGCCACCAUUGCUAUCACUCAUUGGUCAGAUAUUGGCCCAGACUUCACUUAAUCAGGCCAAAUAUUUGGGCUUUGGUGGCUUUUAAGUGCUGUUUAGGAUUUUUCAUCUUAGUAUACAGGCUGAAGGUGUAAGAUUACUUUCAACUGAGUGUUUUCUUUUGAGUGCCCAUUAUUAAUGUAAACUCUAUGUUAUGAUAAACAUUGAAGUUGAAUUUUGUUUGGUGUAA